CUUUCGAGUGCUCCCCGCUGCCUGGUUGCCUCCGUUCUGCCGUGGGAUGGUAAUCGUACGCACUCGGGCAAUGGAUUUUGUAUUAAUGUAUGGCUGCUUGUUGAUUGCUUCUAAAUUGAUUGGUUUGGUUCUGUUUAUUUCUCGCCUUGUUGUGAAUAGCCGGCAGCAAGAAACGCUGUAAAAAUAGUGUAAAGAUUAUUGAACUUUUCAAUACACAAAACACAAAGUUGUAUGAGCGAGCAAAAAUAAUCCUAGUAAUCCAGUUUUUCCGUGAUCUGGAAUUUGACCAGUCAAAAAACUAGUAACUCAACUGCAGAUCAAUUGUGUUUUUUUAUUUCACUAUGAACAGAACCCGCCCGUUAAACCGUUCGGCAGUUCAACCGACUAACCGGGAUCUCACGGUAGGCUUGGUAGGAGCUAUUAUUUCCUUGGCAGCGACGCUCUACCAGAACAUGAUGGUUGGUGAUCAAACGAGCAACGCCCUUCUGAUGCAGUCCCUGGCACCUAUUAAACAAAUGUUGGAUCAUUUAAUGCGCAAGAUUCGAGCCACUCCUGUCAGAGCCCAACCCCCAGCUACAAGGCACACCUUCACAGCCGGAACGCGUUCAGCAACUUUGCCUCCAUUACCCAGCCGAACGCCAGCUCGUGGUGUAACAUCAAAACCUGCGACCGUAGUUCGUCAUCCCAAGAUAUCCAGUACAUUUAAAGCGUCUUCAACGAUGGAUAGCAGCCGAUCGACCGCGUCAAAGCCCUCCUUUGUAGUGCCACCUGGGUGGCGCGAAAUAUCCAACUUGGACGACUGGAUGGACGAUUCGAUGGACAAUUCGGACGAUAUCUAUCCUCAAAUGGACAGUGACGCCAUGGAUGAAACUCCCAUGAUGAGCGGUUUUGAGUACUCCCAAGACCAGGAUUACUACCCAUCGUACAACGUCGAGGUUGCCGAUUUGGAAUCAAGUAAAACCUUCCAACCGACUUUCCAGAGCACCAUGCAUUUCGGACCAAGAAACGCAACAACCAGCAGACAGUCUCCUUUGCCGAAGCGUGUGACCGAGCUGCGACGUUCCGAACCGAGCCGACAAACGUUCCGACAAGCCGACGGAACGUACGCAGUACGUGAGACGAUCAACACCACCAAUCCGGACGGAAGCUUCCAACGGAUUACGAAAACUGUUAGUGGCCCCGAUGUUUCCAUUAUACAGAAUUUGAAUGAAACUGUUGACCUACCCAGUCUGAAUCGAACCUAUGCGGGAUCUGACGCUCCAAACGCCACAUUCGCUGUACCACCGACGGCGCCAAACGGCGGCAAUGUGACAUUCAAAGUGCCAUCAACCGCUGGACCAUCCAAUGAAAGACGCAAACUAGACUUGUACUUACUGCUGUGCCAGUCCGCCACUGCUUUGCUUUUGUCACUGAUGAGGGCCGCCGAGUGCAGCAAUCCCUCCGUAGAGGUAGCGGUCAAGCAAAAGGUGUUCCAGCUGAUGAAAACCUUGCAAGUGUUAUUGCGAGACCAAUCGCAGAACGGUUCGUACCAGGCGGAUCAAACACCAUUGAGAACUAGUAGGAGUAUCCGGGAUAUGAGUGCAGCUUUCAGACGCUCUCGGCCCGGCCUACAAAGGUAUAAUACUGCUUCUUCGUACCAAGCAAGGUCACUCGGAGAAAACCCGCAAAUAAGAGCGGAUUACAGUGUGACAAGUAGAAAGAACCGGAGCAACAGUUCCUGCGGCUACGAGUCAGACCAAGACCAAAACCGAUUCCGGGAUACCAGAGCUGCCGGACGUAAGUGCGCGAACAAAUACCUCGUGCUCAGCAACGUAGAGGACAGUAAUGUUGGAAAUUCUGUAAGAAACUAA